AUGGCGUCUACCUGCCAAUCGGCAGUGAGUACAGGCGAGGAGAUUCCCCCGCUACCCUCGAGGCGUCCAAAUGGAACAGCUCGGACAGCGUCACGGCCGAUGCGCAGGAGCAAGUAUCGGCAUGUUGCUGCGUACCACGCCCAAGUGCGUCAUUCGAGUCUGAGUAGGGAUUCGGAGGCCACACCGAGCUUCCUGGGGUUCCGCAACCUCAUGGUGAUAGUCCUGGUGGUGAUGAACCUUCGGUUGAUAAUUGAAAACUUCAUGAAGUACGGCGUGCUCAUCUGCAUCAAAUGCCACGACUACCGGAAGCAGGAUAUCAUCCGCAGCCUGAUCUUAUUUGCCCUCGUGCCCUGCCACCUGUUUGUCGCCUUCCUGAUCGAGGUAGCAGCUGCGGAGAGUGCGAAACGAGUGGUGGGGUGGGAGAAGAAGAAAAAGACCGAGGAGGAGCACAACGAACGCAAGCACCGUGUGUACGAGUCCACCUGGCGGUACACGGCCAUUUCGCAUACGAUCAACGUGACGCUGUGUCUAGCAGUCACCAGUUUUGUCGUGUACUUUUACAUCCACCAUCCGGGCAUCGGGACGGUCUGCGAGCUGCAUGCGAUCAUCGUCUGGCUCAAGAACUGCUCGUACGCAUUCACGAACCGCGACCUGCGCCAUGCGAUGCUCAACCCGUCCGAAGAUUCGGCGCUGCCGGAGAUCUACUCAUCCUGUCCGUAUCCCCGAAACAUCACCCUGGAUAACCUGAUCUACUUUUGGUUCGCGCCCACGCUGGUCUACCAGCCGGUCUAUCCGCGCAGCAAUCGCAUCCGCUGGUCCUUUGUGGCGAAACGGGUGGCAGAAGUGGUCGGCAUCUCGGUCUUCAUCUGGCUGCUCUCGGCACAGUAUGCUGCACCCGUGCUCAAAAACUCCAUCGAGAAGAUCGCCAUCAUGGACGUCCCCUCCAUUCUGGAGCGUGUGAUGAAGUUGUCGACCAUCUCCCUUGUCAUCUGGCUCGCGGGCUUCUUCGCUCUGUUCCAGUCCUUCCUCAACGCCCUCGCCGAGAUCAUGCGUUUCGGCGAUCGGGAAUUUUACACGGAUUGGUGGAACAGCUCCAGCGUCGGCGUAUACUGGCGCACUUGGAACAAACCAGUAUACACCUUUAUGAAGCGACAUGUCUUCUCGCCGCUGGUAGGCCGGGGGUGGAGUCCCUUUGCUGCGAGCACGAUGGUCUUUCUCCUCUCUGCCAUCCUGCACGAAAUGCUCGUGGGGAUUCCGACUCACAAUCUCAUCGGCGUCGCAUUUGCCGGAAUGUUGCUUCAACUUCCCUUGAUUAUGGUGACCGCACCGUUGGAGAAGAUGAACGACCCGCUGGGCAAGGUCCUGGGAAACUCCAUCUUCUGGGUGAGCUUCUGCCUUGUCGGCCAGCCUCUCGGGGCAUUGCUGUACUUUUUCGCAUGGCAAGCCAAGUACGGCAGCGUUAGCAAGGCUGGCGUCUAA